UUGAGUUGUUUCGAUGAAUUGUAAACAUUGGGCUUACUGGAUCUUGAACGGAAACGAAAAUAGCUCAAUAACACGUAACAGGAUAAAUUUGUCCUUUUCGUUUCAUUGAACGUGUAGUUGCAGUAUCUUGAACCCUUUAAAAUGGGAAAUCAUAAAAUUCAGUGGCAUUUGAUCCUGGAUUUCGUAUGUCUUGUCGCUCUUGGUGUUGCGGAGAUGUUGAUCCAUGUCAUCCCGAUAGAACCAUCUCACAGAGGAUUUUUUUGUGACGAUAAAAGCCUUCAGAAACCUUUACAAGAAGAAACUGUCUCUACCUGGCUCACGAUUGUAGUCGGUUUCUCUGUGUCAAUUCCCGUGAUUAUUGUAUGUGAAGCAGUGAAUGCUAAAUCUCAGAGAAGAAAACAACAGCUUAAAGUUGGCAAGUACAACAUUAAAUGUGGACCAUUAAUGUGUACACCAUCAGCAUGGCAAAGAAGAACAUUCUUUCUUCUUUUCAUGUUUGGAUUUGGUGCACUUAUUACAAAUCUGUUCACUGACAUGGGUAAAGUGACAGUUGGAAGAUUGCGACCAUACUUCAUUGCAAUAUGCAAACCCAAUGCAACUCUACUUAACUGUAGUCAGGGCUUUAUUACUGAGAAUAUAUGCACAGGAGAUCCUGUAGAUGUGUUGGAUGCAAGAAUGUCUUUCCCUUCAGCUCAUGCCUCAUUUUCAGCUUAUUGCAUGGUGUUUUCAGCACUAUAUCUGGAAUCAUCAAUGCCAACAAAACAAACCAACGCUGUGAAGCCCUUUUUGCAAGUUGCCCUCCUGUCACUGGGACUGCUGUGUUCCCUGUCUCGCAUAUUUGACUACUGGCAUCAUUGGGGAGAUGUAUUGGUUGGCCUGUUUCUUGGUACCAUUGUGGCUUUCUUUAUAACAUUCCGACCGCUGAGGCUAUUUUCAUCUCCCCCCUGCCCCAAGUGUCACCCUAAUGAGGAAGUAGACUUUGCAUUAAGAAACCCUGUGAAUAACAGUGAAGAAAUAGCAGACCAGAAUGGUGACAGUCAAUUUCCACUUUCCAGGUUACAGCAACGAAAGAGUCACCAUUGCGUAUCGUUCUACAACAACGAUCAAAAGAUGGCGCGUGACUCCAAAAUCAUCAACUUGGCUUUCGAUAUAUUAUGUUUUACAUUAGUCCUAAUCGAUUAUAUAGUGACGAAGACUUUGCUGUAUGGAACCACUGAGAAGCUCUACCCAAUUAAACAGGGAUUCUUCUGUGAGGACAAAAGCAUUCAGCUGCCACUUAAGAAACCUUGGUUGGACUAUGCAGGUCUCUGUACCCUAGCCUAUAUAAUUUCCAUAGUUGUGAUUAUGAUAGUCGAGUCUUGUAACCAAUGGAAACGAGCAGACGAGAAACACGAGGAAGAAGAAGAAGAAUCAUUUGGACCAAUCACCGUAAAGCCCUGGAUUGUCAGCACGAUUGCACUCAUUUUCAUCUUCGUGUUUGGAGGAUUUCUGAAUGAAAUCAUAACAGACCUCGCCAAAAUAAGUGUGGGUCGCCUUAGACCCAGCUUUAGGGAAGUGUGCCAGGCCAACUUGACAAAGAGUGACUGUCAACUGGGAUACAUCCCUGAUGUGAGGUGCACUGGAGACGAGUAUGACGUCAAAAUGGCCAGGAUGUCUUUUCCAUCUGGUCACUCUUCCUUGAGCAUGUAUGCCAUGUUGUAUCUUGCGUUCUAUAUCCAGUCAGCUGUGAGGACAGAAACGAAGCUUAUCAAGCCAUUGCUCCAGGUUGUGGUCGUAUCUCUGGCGCUCUACGUCGGACUAAGCCGAAUCGCUGAAAAUGCUCAUUUCUUGAGUGAUGUUGUUGCUGGUUUCGUGCUUGGAGCCAUCAUUGCCUGGCUGAUGACCUUCAAAGUGCUGAAGUUGUUCGCCAUCCGAAUCCGUAAGCCUAAAGUGUAUACUUUGUUGCCGCAGCAGCCGAAGCAGAUCUCCACUCCUGAGGACUAAGGAACUGGCAAGGACUCACGAAAACAGAACACCGGACACUUUUAUAUCAAUUAAAUAACACUUUACACCCACACAUUCUAUUAGUAUGCAUAUUAGACCUUAUACAUUUCCUAUGGUACUAACGAGGAGAAUUUGCUGACUCUCAGGACCUUACUUAGUUUGUAAUCAUUUUCCUCUUUAUUCUUAUUACCUUAAAGUCAGUGCUUGGUUCAGAAGUGAUGCUACAAGGAGAAAUUAGAUCCCAGUCUCUCUCAAGUGUUGAAUGGUUAACAGUCUGCCAAACAUCUUUUGUAUCUUCACCUCUGAAGAUCUGAUGUCAAAUCAAACAAUACUUACCCCCUGGUUAAUAUU